AUCCUGUCAAGAGAAUUUUCUACACUUCUCUUAAAAAUCGAUAUGCGAGCAGCAUUUCAUGGUCGACUUGGGAGAGUGGCUCAGCUUGAUUUCGGCAUCGAGUUGAAGAAAACCCAAUCUUCCGCACUUCUAUUGUCUUCUUCCGCUGUUGAUUGGCGAACAAUUUCUCUUGUAAAGUGUGAAAUCGUACCAAGAUUCCAGUUUAAAGCUGCUCAUCAAAUCAAGGGCGCAACAAGGUUCAAAGAAGAUGACUGAGGUAACUACCAAUCAAUCAUUGAUGGCUGAGGGCAAGGAGGGUUCAGAAGUCAAACAUCCAAACCCACCUCAAGCUUUCUUGGAGGUAGUGUGCAAGAGUUCCGGAAAAAUUAGGCGUUUUUCUGUUGGAACUGAAGCGGGUUUUGCGGUUAAGUUGAUAAACAAGAAGUUGCUUAAUUAUGAUGGUGGUGGUGGUGGGAAUGGUUUACUGGCAUCCUACAUUGAGGCUGUUAAGGAAGGAGAAGAAGAACCUGUUAGUUUUGGCCCGAGUUCUUUGCUCGUGGAUUACGGGCGCGGUUGGAAGUUGCAAACAGUCAUUGAACCACAUGGUGAUAAAGGAGGCGUGCACAUUGGAGCAACGAGAGUACGGAAAUCUUCUGCUAAUGGGGCAGAUGACUCACAUUCUAUGCGGAGAACACAGUCGCCUAUCAGUUUUCUGUACAUUGGAAAGAUAUUGCUAGCCUUUCUUCUGAUAUUCGUGUUUGGUGCAGUUUUCACAUUGGCUCUGGAAAACCUUCCACGAUUAAUCCUAUAUAUCAACUCAUUUGUAUGAUUUUUGACUUAAUUCCCAUGUAAGUUUUCUGGUUCUUUCUUAUGUCCACUCUGCCACCAUUGUGAAUAGCUGAUUUUUCUUAUGAUUGGUUUCUGCCACCAAUAUAUAUUCAAAGUGGUGCUUAUCAAAUAAUAUACAUGGUGAUUUACUAAGA